AAGCCUUUGAAACAGAGAUCUUUCGCCAUGCAGUUCUUGCUGAAAUGUCAACAUGAUAUUGGGACACUGGCUUUUCAGUGUCAUCAUGGUUUCCAGACACUACUUGGUUUUGCUUCUCUGCUUUUUGCUGCUGCUUCCUCUUUUGCCAGCUACAGUCUUCUUAAAGCAGGAGCAGGCAAACAGCUUGCUGAAAAGACAAAGAAGAGCAAAUAGCUUCCUUGAAGAGUUAAAAAUAGGAUCACUGCAACGGGAGUGCUUUGAAGAAAAGUGUUCGUAUGAGGAAGCCAGAGAAAUCUUCCAAGAUGAUAAAAGGACAAUGGAAUUCUGGCAGAAUUAUGUUGAUGCCAACCAGUGUGACUCUGACCCCUGUCAGAAUGGUGGGACAUGUGUUGACCAAUUUCAGGCCUAUGUUUGCCUUUGCCCUGAGGAGUAUAAGGGCAAAAACUGUGAAAAAGGUCUGAAUGACAAACCGACAUGCAUUAAUGAAAAUGGUCACUGUGAACAUUAUUGCAUUGACAGUCCAACCAUGAUACGACAAUGCUUUUGUGCAGAGGGUUACAUACUAGCAAGUGAUGAAGUGUCCUGUACUCCCCAAGUGGAUUACCCAUGUGGGAAAAUACCUGUUUUGGCAGAGCAAAGCAAAAGUCCACGGGGGAGAAUUGUAGGUGGUUAUGUCUGUCCUCCAGGUGAAUGUCCGUGGCAGGCUCUGCUAAUAGAGAAUGAGAAAGCAAAGUGUGGGGGUUCCCUGCUGGGACCGAGCUGGGUGGUUACUGCCGCUCACUGCUUAGAGAACACACAUCCCAAACAGCUCAGAGUAAAACUGGGUGAAUACAGAAUAGAUCAUGAGGAUGAAGGGGAGCAAGAAAGGAAGGUUUCUGAAAUCAUAAUGCAUGAAAAAUAUAUUCCACAAACAACUGACCAUGACAUUGCCCUUCUGCGCCUAGAGGCGCCUGUUAAUUUCAGUGAUUACGUGGUACCAAUAUGUUUGCCUGAGAAACAGUUUGCAACAUCUGAGCUGUCCUCUAUUAGGUUCUCCACAGUGAGUGGAUGGGGGCGUCUAAUAGAAGGAGGUGCUACUGCUGCUGUUCUUAUGAGAGUUGAUCUGCCACGUGUAAAGACACAAGAGUGUAUACAGACGGCCAACUUAAGUAUUACAGAGAACAUGUUCUGUGCAGGAGACCUCAGUGGGACUAAAGACUCCUGCAAGGGGGACAGCGGUGGACCUCACGCCACAAACUACAAAAACACCUGGUUUCUGACAGGGAUUGUCAGCUGGGGGAAGGGGUGUGCUACCAAAGGCACUUAUGGGGUUUACACAAGGGUGUCUAAAUAUCUCGAAUGGUUAAACAAUCACAUGGAUUCAUAAGCUGCCAGGCUUCCUCUAAUCAGAAUGUUUCCAAAUUGCAGAGUUGUCUUUGCGUCUCACCUGGGACACUUCCCUGUUUAGCAUUCUUUCUGGAUCUUAAAUAAAUUACCCACACGCUUAUGUAAUGAUUUGAAACCAAUCUCUUUCCUGUUCAGUCACAUUAAACUCAUUCACCUGGC